CAAAUCCCUCCGUUGCAAUAACAACACUCCUUUCAAUACUUUCAGCAAAUAGUUUCUAUUUUUAAAUCCUUUCUAAUAAAUUCAAAAAUGUACAAAAUCGUGCUUGUCCUCUCAGUGAUCGCUUUCGCUUGCGCCGAGCCUGGUGUGGUGGUAGCUCCAGCAGUGCCCGUGUCCCCGAUCGUGCAUCACGGCGCGCACUCUGUGCACUCUCACGUAAUCCAUCAUCCCGCUCCAGUAAAGACUGUUGUAACACCAGUUAUUGCCAAGCAAGUGGUGCCGAUCGUAAAACCGGUUGUGCCUGUAGUUCCAGUCCAUCAUGCCCAUCCGGCCGUUGUUGUGCAUCACUGAGUUGCGGCGACGUUGCGCCGGCAGUCGCCCCACGUCCAUGACCGAUGAUGAACGAAAGGACUUCUCAAGUUAAUCGAAUGCAGCAAUGGCUUAAAGCGCUAAUAUAUAGAUUACAAGCACCCUCUACCCCAUCCUUUCAUUUCUAUAAUACUUUAAUACUUUACUACUUACAUACUGUAUGUAUACUUCUUCU